AACACCUAGUCUUAAGAGACGCGCCAAUCCAAGUUGGAACAUGGCUCUCAGGCCUCAGAGGACUUUCAGGCGGCGCCAGGUCGAGUCCAGCGAUAGCGAUAGCGACGGCGCGAAGGAGCAGAGUGCCGAGGAGCCGGCGGAGUCAGGCCGGCCGUCUGCAGGCUGCCGAAAAGAGGGAGCGGAGCGGCCGCGCGGAGCCCGCAGCGCCCGGGGCCGAGGUCGAGUAUGGGCGAGUUCUCGGCGCAGCCCGGGAGCUGCUUCCCGCGGGAACGCCGGCGCAGAACACAGAACAGCUGAUCUCUCAACGGAUGAAGAGGAAGGAACACAGCCCUUGACAGAAAGUAAAGGUGAUCAGAGUCCAUCCUCUGAUAGCUCAUGCUCUCUGGAAGGAAAAGAACUUCCACCCAUAGUUAAGAUCCCUGAUGCAGCUUUUAUUCAGGCAGCCCGCAGAAAACGGGAGUUGGCCAGGACCCCAGGGGACUAUAUUUCAUUGGAUGUAAGCUACCCAUGCACCACUUCUGAGAGUAAGAGAAGCAAUGAAGAGGAUACAGAGAGUGAUCCUGAUGACCACGAAAAGAGAAUACUGUUUACUCCAAAGCCUCAAACACUCCGACAAAGAAUGGCUGAAGAAACAUCAAUCAAGAAUGAGGAAGCAAGUGAAGAGAGUCAGGAAGAUGAAAACCAAGACAUGUGGGAGCAGCAGCAGAUGAGGAAAGCAGUCAGGAUCGCAGAGGGACAAAAUAUAGACCUUUCCCACAGCAGUAAGUCCCAAACCCUGAAGAAGUUUGAUACUUCCAUUUCAUUUCCACCAGUAAAUUUGGAAAUUAUAAAGAAACAAUUAAAUAAUAGAUUAGCAUUACUACAGGAUUCUCAUCGCUCACACCAGAGAGAAUAUGAAAAAUAUGUACAAGACAUCAAGAAUUCAAAGACAGCUAUCCAGAAUCUCGAGAGUGCUUCAGAUCAAGCUCAAAGCUACAAAUUCUACAAAGGCAUGAAAAUUUAUGUGGAAAAUAUAAUUGAUUGUCUAAAUGAAAAGAUUGUCAGCAUUGUGGAACUAGAAUCAUCCAUGUACACAUUGCUUUUAAAACGGUCAGAAGCACUUUUGAAACGCAGGCAAGAUGAGUUAAAAUGUGAAUCAUCAUAUUUGCAACAGUUAUCACGCAAAGAUGAGACAUCGGCAAGUGGAAGCUUGGCUCUGGAUGAAAAGGAUCAACGGAUUUUAGAAGAGAUUGAAGCUCGAAGGAUGCAGAGAAGACAGGCAAGGGCGCUCUCGGGCAACUGUGACCAUCAGGAAGGGAUGUCUAGUGACGAUGAGCUGUCUCCUACAGAGAUGACUAACUUCCACAAGCGCCAAGGUGACAUUUUACAAGAUUGUAAGAAAGUUUUUGAAGAUGUGCAUGAUGAUUUUUAUAACGUCCAGAAUAUUUUAUUGAAAUUUCAGCAGUGGCGAGAAGAGUUUCCUGAUUCCUACUAUGAAGCCUUCGUUGGUUUCUGCUUACCAAAGCUUUUAAGUCCCCUGAUACGAGUUCAGUUGCUUGAUUGGAAUCCUCUUAAGGUGGACUCCAUAGGUCUAGACAGGAUGCCCUGGUUCACAGCCAUAACAGAGUUUAUGGAGAGCAGCAUGGGAGAUACAGAAAAGGGAGAUGGUUCUGAUAAAAAGGUCUUGUCUGCUGUCAUCAACAAAACAGUUGUUCCUCGCCUGACAGAUUUUGUAGAGAUCAUUUGGGAUCCCCUGUCAACCUCACAGACAAGAAGUUUAACAAUGCAUUGCAGAGUGGCUUUUGAACAGUUCACUUCUGAAAGUGAAGUUAGUAAAAGCAAACAGGAUUUACUUAAGUCUAUUGUUGCAAGAAUGAAGAAGUCAAUAGAAGAUGAUGUUUUUAUUCCUCUAUACCCAAAGAGCUCUGAAGAAGGAGAAAUGUCACCACACUCCAAGUUCCAAGAAAGACAGUUCUGGGGAGCUCUAAAGCUCUUCCGAAAUAUUCUUCUUUGGAAUGGACUUCUCCCAGAUGAUACCUUGCAAGAUCUGGGACUGGGGAAGCUGCUAAAUCGCUACCUUAUUAUCGCUCUUACUAAUGCCAUCCCUGGACCAGAUAUUGUUAAAAAGUGCAGCCAGGUAGCAGCAUGUCUACCAGAAAGAUGGUUUGAGAACUCUGAUAUGAGGACAUCAAUUCCCCAGCUAGAAAACUUCAUUCAGUUUUUGUUGCAGUCUGCACGGAAAUUAUCCACAAGUGAAUUCAGGAAUGAAGUCAAUGAAAUAAUUCUUAUCCUGAUGAAGGUAAAAGCUCUGAAUCAAGCCGAAUCCCUCAGAGAAGAGCAUCAUGUGGAGCCCCUCACAACGCAGGUUACAGGUGUCUGAGUGCGCUAUAUGGGAGUGCCGAGAGUCAUGAUGAAAGUGUGCAGCUCAUUCACUACACAGCCGAUGCCGCCUUUCCUCUGCCCACUUGUGCUGUGCGUCUGAAGGAAAUACAUGCACAGCAGCACCUAGAGCUCAGUGUGUUUCUCUUUUUAUUCUUUCUCAAUUUGAGAAGGAAAUGAAGAAAUCUGACACACAGAAGCAUGCCCAAAUCAAAACCAUCUUCAACAAACUCCAACUGUUUGCACAUCACCUAAUGAGGAAAGAACGUUCCUUCUCUAUUUCCUGAUGGUUUCUUUUAUCUUAUUUUGUAGAGACUGGGUCUCAUUCUGUGUAAGGAAUUGCUUAUUAAUUAGUAAAUGGUUAACAUAUUUUUAUACAAAUUAUCUUUUCAAAGUCUGUACUCACUUAUUGUAUGAAAUCAGUGCAAGAGAGUGCCAAUGAGUCUCCAGAUUUUAAUUCUUUGUCAAUUUGUUAAGAAAAAAAAAAUAUUUGAAAAAAAGAUUUGUUUUCUAUGUGUGAUCAUGUAUGUACCUGGGUGAGUUUAGCACUCCCACCAUGUAGGGGCUAGCGGGCAUCAGAUCCCCUGGAACUGGAGUCCAGGAGGUUGUGGGCCACCUGAUGUGCUGGGAACCAAACCCAGGUCCUCAAAAGAGAUCUUAACCACUGAGCUGUUCUCCAGUCCCUGCUGAAGAAUGAAGAUGUGUUGGUUUGGGUCAUCUAUAAUUCUUCUUGAAAUGUCCAUCAUUUUCUACAGGAAUGUUGAUCUUUUGCCUGUGCUCUGACAAACAGCUUUUCAGAAAACUUACCAUUUUUCUUUUAAUUUUGUGUAAGAUUUUUUUUUUGUAAUGAAGUUAUUAGCUGGUAACAAGUGAGGCUUUUUUGCUAUGUUUUGUGUGGUUCAUACUAGGACUAAGAAGGCCAUUGCUAUUUUGAAUACAGAAAUGUAAAGUAUUUGCCUAGUUAAGGUAGUCUGAGGCAAGAUAAUUAAGAAAUUAUGAACUUUUCUCAAAAUGAUUUUAUUAGUGUUCUUAAGUAUAUUUGUUAAGCAACUCAAUGAUGGCCAUAUAUUUAUUUUUUCCAUGUUGUCACUUUAGACAUUUGCUCAUUACAAAAGCAUGUGCAUAUGUGUACAGAAAGUUUUGUAUAUAAAUGGCAGAGACUUUAUUUUUACUGUUAAAGUGCACUUUUGAAAACUG